AUGGAUGACACACAAUUUUCAUCCCCAACGCCACUCUUGUCGUUUCAAAUCAAGCUGAGGGCCUUGGGAGUUGUCUUGUUGCAAAUGCAUGAAUUCGCCACAGCGUACAUGGGUAGAGCACCCGUUCAAGAGGAGAUACCAAUGUACCCCAGCGCAGUGACACAAGUUUGGCUAACCGCCAGGGGGAUUUGCAGGGGGAUUUGGGACAACUCUACAGCGGGCUUCGACCAGUGGCCUCCUGCUGCUGUGCGACGAUGCGAAGGCGGAGCUUAUCGUCCACGAGCACCCCUCGACGUCGUCACAAUAGUCGUGCGCGGAGGCCGUAUGAUACGUUGCCUUGUCACUGCGAAAAAGGUGGAGUCGCAAGCUGAAGCCUCAAGCUGUCUGCGCCAGCAGAUGGAAGAAAAGUUCACUGUUGUACCCCCGGAGUCAAACAAAGAAUGUGGGUUCGCUGUACAAACAAGAUCCUGGCGUCGGAAGACUGGGAAGCGGGAAGUCUCCACGCAGAUUCGGAUCAUGGGAGGCAAAAAGCUAAGCAACACUUUCUACAGCCCCUUCGGAAGCCUUUUCAAUGACUUCUUUCCAUUGGAGAAGUCAGAUACUGCUUCGGUAGAAACAGAAGGGUUAGGGUGGUCCUGCCACACUCCCCGCCAGACACCCGUAACUGAAAGCCGUCCCAUUGAUUCCAAAGUGACCGGGCAUCGACGGUUGCAGGAGGCGAUAUGGCUCACGAUACCAUCUGAAGAUGCUCCUUAA